AGCCUUUUCAUUUUCUGGUUUUCGAAAGAUGGGUCGGUACUCCAUUGAAGCAGAAAACCCCACCAAGUCAUGCAAAGCAAGGGGGUCUAACCUUCGCGUACAUUUUAAAAACACGAGAGAAACAGCUCAGGCCAUUAAACACAUGCACAUUCGUAAGGCAAACCGUUACCUGAAGGAUGUUGUUGCUAAAAAGCAAAUUGUGCCAUUUAGAAGAUUUAAAGGUGGUGUUGGACGGAAGGCACAAGCUAAAAACUUUAAUGUUCCAGGAUCGCAAGGUCGUUGGCCAAAAAAGAGUGCCGAAAUCUUGCUUCAACUUCUUAAAAAUGCUGAAAGCAAUGCUGAAUUAAAGGGCUUAGAUGUGGAUUCUUUGGUUGUUGAGCACAUUCAAGUUAAUCAAGCUGCCAAAAUGAGGCGUAGAACCUAUAGAGCACAUGGUCGAAUCAACCCCUACAUGAGUUCUCCAUGUCAUGUGGAAAUGAUCCUGGCUGAAAAAGGACAGAUUGUACCUAAGGCAGAAGAUGAGAUGGAGGUCAAGAAAGUUUCCAAGAAAAAAGAAAAGAGGGAGAAAAUGAAGUCUCGUGAUAUGUAAAUCAGACCUCUUGUACAAAUAAAUGACAAUUUUGAAGAUAA